CGUGGGAGGAUGGAAGGCAAGAAGGCGCCCGUGCUGGCGUCCUUGACGGUCUUUCUCACCUGCUACAAUGUGAACGCUGCGCCGAAGCCACAAGGGUUCCUGGAAGGAGCGAUCAAGUCUAUACGCGGGCAGACAGAGACCGUGGAGUGUCAGAUUCGCAUCGACCGACUCCAUCAAAACAAACAAGACACGUUCUUCACGGAAACGGUCCGGUCGCCAAAUCCUGCGUUUUCGUUGGGGAUCCAGUUGCCUCUACAAGACGGCCGUGCCUCGCCUGACGAGAAUGGCCGGGUCGCUCUCACCACCGACAUCCUGAGCUUCACGUUGAUCCGCACACAGGACAACUGCACGAUUGGGUCCGCCUCGAUAUCCGUGGACCGCCUCGUGACGAUGCUAGCACGUGACAUCACGAUCGACCACAUUCCUUUUGAGAUAUUUGGUAAGGCGUCCAAGAAGAGCGGUGGCGAUCCCGCGCUUCGAAUCACGGUCGCGUCCAUAACACCGACACCUCAUCCAGUCGUUCGCACGCAGAAUUCCCUGCUGCAAGCCUACAUGUUUCCCCCAGCAUCAUCGUCCGACAGCCGGCGAAAACUUGUGAUGGAGGAGGUAAUGGAGCCCGAGUACCAGACGUCAAUACCGUUUUUGUUUCUACGAUGUAUGCAUUCCGAGCUCACUCAAGCGUCUGAGCUGUGGAACAUCCGAUGCCUCAACGAGCGCAAGAAGCAGCUCAUUUUCGACCGCCCUGACGACGCUCUUGCUGCCGGCUGCGACGUCUUUGAAGUCACCAUCCGCGGCGGCAAGAACCUCAAGGCCGACAACUCUACCGGGUUCUCCGACGCCGCUCUCAUGAACCCGUACGUGGUCGUUGAGUUCGGCGAAACCACGACGCGCUCAUCGUCAACUGUCGACGAAUCGGCAAGUGAAUCGUCCCGCCGCAAUACGGACGUCGUGUGUCUCGGCCGCACGAUGGCCGAACUCAACACGAAUGACCCGAACUUUUCCCGCCAACGCACAGCGACCUUGACCGGUCGGUCGACGUCCCUGCCGCCAUCCGCGCAGCAGUCAAGCAUCCAACGGUCAUCUUCGAUAUUCCAGGACCCUCCGCCGCCUGCGCCACAGUCACAGAGGCAGCAGCAAGUGCGGUCUCCCAACGAGUCGCUCCCACCAACGUUGGCGUCGUCGCCAGCAGCCGCUUCACCGCCGGCCGCGACCAUGGCGUCGUCGUUUACGUUUUUCCGAAAGUCAAAUGGCCCAUCGAAGAGCUCGAAAGGCGCGUUUGUAUUUAAAGUGUUUCACGAAGUGCUCAACAAGAAGGAUCCGUCCCAACAGGACUUUGCCGUCGGCCAGUGCGUUGUCGGGUGGACGAUUUCCAAGCCGGAGGCCGAACUUCAGACGUACAACUUCAGCAUUGACCAGUGGGUGUCGAUUUACCCGGCCGUGGACCGGCGCAGCCUGUACAACGACCGCGAAGACUUGGGUAAGCUCCACAUCCAGAUUCGGAUUCGGUGCUCGACGGUGCAGUUCGCCCUCCAAAGCGAAUCGGGCCUGCGAAGUGUCGAAAAGUCGCCGUUGUAUCGACUGGCGGAUCUGAACAAGGACCACAAACUGCGCAAACUGAUGCUGGCUGCCAAAGGCGGUGCGACCAUGAACUCGAGCGGAGGUGCGACCAGCCAUAGCUUUUCGUCUGAGUCCAUGUCUGGGCGGUUUCCAUUGUCAGCGCCACCGCCGGCGAUCGAAGAUGUCCAGUGGCAUGCAGAUACGCUCAAGAUGUACCUCAAGGACGUGGAGGAAAUGCUGGACCAUGUCAAUACCCAGCGUUCCCAGCGGGUGACGUUUCGAUCCAGUGUGGCCAAGAAAGACAUGCUGUCGCAACCACUCGCGACGAAUUUGCAUUUGGGGUACUUCACCACGUACUCGGACACGGGCAAAUGUGGGCUACCGACCGUGGAAAACGUCAACAUAACAGUCUCGUGCGGUGCGCCAACGCCGCAUGGUCUUUCGGACAAGCGCGGCCUCUUGGACCUGGAAGACAUCAUGAUGGCGAAUAGCACCAGUGGCAACCUGACCAUCGUCGACAAGACUCGGCAAGUGUACUUUUUCCGCAAGAUCCUGUGUGUGUCGCAGAGCGUGACCGCCCUCGUGACGACGUUCUUGGCCAUGUUGGAACAGGCGUGCUGCAGUGUUCCGGGCGGCGACCAGCCGUCGCUGAACUUGUGGGCGACGUAUGGGUUCCUCGUGCAAUGGGAGUCCCUUGUGAGCUCGCAGGGCAAAGAGUACACGAUGCUCAACGACAGCUGGAUUGCUAUCAAAACGCUCGGCCGGUUCACGCUGCACUUGGUGCAGCAACCCGAGUACGAGAACGAAUCGAUGCCGACCCCGAUUCACAUGGAAACGACCGACGACCAGAAAGGAUACAUCCUGCACAUCCCUGUGCCCCACGCGGUGUUUGCCGUGCUGCCCGAAGUGCUCCAAAACGGCCAGCACAUCAACGUUGUCCCGGUGCUGUUUUCGCAAGGUAUCAACGAGAUGCAGACGGUGGCCAACAUGCUCGGGUCGUCCGCGGUCGACUUGCAGCACAACAUCAAUAAGUUGUGCACCAAGUCACUCGAGACGUACGUCGCGUCGGUCGUGAAUGCGACGCAGCUCCCGAUGCACUACGUCACCCGCGUCAACGAACUGCUCGCGACGCUCAAGUCCCUUGUCACAGACGAAACCCGCCAAACGGCCAAAAAGAACUACCGCCUCCUCCUCGUGGCUGCGGACCUGACGCGGCAACUUCACGGCGGCCGCAUCACGUUUUGCAAAUCUGGCAAGGAUCGCACGGCCAUGAGCGUGACCCUCGAACAGACGCGGAUGGUGCACAAUACGUCGAACGAAAAGGUCGACAUGUAUGACACGAUCGAGCCCAUCGCGGACGUCAUGCGCGAGUACGGCUUGCGCAUCAAGGUUGCGGAGAAGAACGUGGGCAGGCCACGGUAUACAUUCAACGGGUUGCAGAGAAAAAUGUUGCCGAGGGUGUAUCGCCCGCCGGCCAAGUCGAUUCAAGGCGGGGCCGACUUGUCGUAG